CCCAAAGCCCGGAUUUUUAGAAAAAAAUUGACUUUCUUUAAAAAAAUUGACUUUCUUUAUAGAACUACAGAUUCUAAAAAUAAAGUAUCGAUAGGCUUAUCCUUUUGCCUCUCCUUCUCCGGGGACAGAAUUCGUCGAGUUAAAUCAGCAGAAUAAGAAAUCCCAAGUUUUUUGUUGAUCAGGCGACACCCAGAUUUGAACUGGGGAUAAAGGAUUUGCAGUCCCCCGCCUUACCACUUGGCCAUGUCGCCAAACCAAAUUCGAUCCAAAUAAGAUAAAAAAUAGAUUUCUGGUCAAAGACUGAAAAAUUCAGGGCAAAUUGGAACCAUUAACUAUUUGUUUUGUUGUUUUGAAUUAGCGAAAGGUUCUUCAAUUUGUAUCUCAAAUUGUUGCGUUUCCUUAAUGGCAUAACAAAAUCAAAUUGAUUUAUGACUAAUUCAGUAUCAAUUAUUUUCAAUAAUCAAUCUUUUUCAAUUUCAAUUAUAACAAUAUAAAUUAUAACAAUAUAUAUGUGUAUAUGUAAACCUCAAAACAGAAAUUGUUACACAGAUACCGCUCUUAUGUACAUAUCCCAUAUCCCUAUAGAGAAUCGUCGUGCCUUCUUUUUUCAUUUUCUAUAUGCAAUAGAAAAAAUAGGAAUUAUGAUAUAGUGCGACCUGACUUCUGUUGCCACAAGUGAAAUUACGAUAAAAGAUGUGAUAUGCGGACAGGUAGAUAGCUAUAUUGGCAUGCACUUAAUAAAUAUUACUCCUAUUACGCAAUUCAAUCAUAUUCUAUAUAUUCUACUAGCAAAAAAAUAAUUCGAAAUUUUUUUUGAACAUGAAAUGAAACUCAAAUAAAAUUAAGUAUGCUAAAAAGGGAAACUCUAUAUUGUUCCUGUUGUACCUGUCGCAAAUUCGAACUUGCGUCGAAAAUGCUCUUCAUUCCUCUGUCUCAUUUCCGUUCAUACGUAUGAAAUACAUAUAUGGUAUAUGGAGUUGGCUAAAAUUUCAUGUGAUUCAGUAAACAGAAUAUACAUUCCAUCAUUGCUAGAUCGAUCCGUAUGGUUCGAUAAAUAGUGAGCUAAUAAUGGGAUUUUUCAAUAAACAGGAAACUUAAGAUUAAGAUGCUCCGGAAUGAUGGAAAUGAGGGAAUGUCCACAAUACCUGGAUUUAGUCAGAUCCAAUUUGAGGGAUUUUGUAGGUUCAUUAAUGAGGGCUUGACGGAAGAAUUUCAUAAGUUUCCAAAAAUUGAAGAUACAGAUCAAGAAAUUGAAUUUAAAUUAUUUGUGGAAAGAUAUCAAUUGGUAGAACCCUUGAUAAACGAAAGAGAUGCUGUGUAUGAAUCACUCACAUAUUCUUCUGAAUUAUAUGUACCCGCGGGAUUAAUUUGGAAAACCGGUAGAGAUAUGCAAGAACAAACCGUUUUUAUUGGAAACAUUCCCCUAAUGAAUUCCCUGGGAACCUUUAUAGUAAAUGGAAUAUACAGAAUUGUGAUCAAUCAAAUAUUGCAAAGUCCUGGUAUUUACUACCGUUCAGAAUUGGACCAUAACGGAAUUUCUGUCUAUACCAGCACAAUAAUAUCAGAUUGGGGAGGAAGAUCGGAAUUAGAAAUUGAUAGAAAAGCAAGGAUAUGGGCCCGUGUAAGUAGGAAACAAAAAAUAUCUAUUCUAAUUCUAUCAUCAGCUAUGGGUUCGAAUCUAAGAGAAAUUCUAGAUAAUGUUUGUUACCCUGAAAUUUUCUUGUCUUUCCCGAAUGAUAAGGAGAAAAAAAAGAUUGGGUCAAAAGAAAAUGCUAUUUUGGAAUUUUAUCAACAAUUUGCUUGUGUAGGCGGGGAUCCGGUAUUUUCUGAGUCUUUAUGUAAAGAAUUACAAAAGAAAUUUUUUCAACAAAGAUGUGAAUUAGGAAGGAUUGGUCGACGAAAUAUGAACCGGAGACUGAAUCUUGAUAUACCUCAGAACAAUACAUUUUUAUUACCACGAGAUGUAUUGGCUGCUGCGGAUCAUUUGAUCGGAAUUAAAUUUGGAAUGGGUACACUUGACGAUAUGAAUCACUUGAAAAAUAAACGGAUUCGUUCUAUAGCGGAUCUGUUACAGGAUCAAUUCGGACUGGCUCUUGUUCGUUUAGAAAAUGCGGUUCGAGGAACUAUAUGUGGAGCAAUUCGGCAUAAAUUGAUACCGACUCCUCAAAAUUUGGUAACUUCAACUUCAUUAACAACCACUUAUGAAUCGUUUUUUGGCCUACAUCCUUUAUCUCAAGUUUUGGAUCGAACUAAUCCAUUGACACAAAUCGUUCAUGGGCGAAAAUUGAGUUAUUUGGGUCCUGGAGGAUUGACGGGGCGAACUGCUAGUUUUCGGAUACGAGAUAUUCAUCCUAGCCACUAUGGACGUAUUUGUCCAAUUGACACGUCCGAAGGAAUCAAUGUUGGACUUAUUGGAUCCUUAGCCAUUCAUGUGAGGAUUGGCCAUUGGGGAUCUAUAGAGAGUCCAUUUUAUGAAAUAUCUGAAAGAUCAAAAGAGGCA